GGAUUUCACGAUCUAUGCGGUUUCCGGUUUCAAUAACAAAAUGGAUCGUCUCAUACAGUUGCUCGCGGAAACAGUGUUACGCGCCAAAAUCACAGCGGAAGAAGUGGAGAUGGCCGAACGAAGUAUUCGUUUCGAGCUGCAGGCCCUGGAACGUUCACCACCGGUCGAACCCAUCCUGAUGGAGUUAGUGCAUGCGGCUGCUUUUCGUGGGAAUAGCACACUGGGCUUGCCGCGCUACUGUCCACAGGAGAAUUUGGGUGUGAUUAAUCGAGAUCAUAUCAUCAAUUUUUUGGCUACUUACUAU